AUGGCUGCCGCCAGCGCACCGGCGUUUGACAAGAACACCCGAGGUUCGGAUGUCACGAGGUUGUUCAAGGACUGUGUGGAAGGCCGGCACAUUGUCAUUACAGGAGUAUCCCCCAACUCGCUCGGGGAAGCGACUGCGUUGGCACUAGCUGCGUCAAACCCCAGGCUGCUAAUCCUGGCAUCGCGGACAGCGUCCAAGGUCGACAUCAUAGCCGCGACCAUCAAGAGCCGAUUCCCGAGCGUCGAGGUACAGACCGUCAUCCUCGACCUGGCCUCACAGGACUCGAUCCGAGCCGGGGCAGCGCAGAUCGUCCAGAGGACUGACCGCUUGGACUUGCUCAUCAACAAUGCCGGCAUCAGUCUGAGCUCCAGGGGUUCAGCUCCGAACGGCCUGGAGCUCACCUUCGCUACCAACCACGUCGGGCCAUAUCUCCUCACGGAACUGCUCCUACCGCUACUCAGACACGCGGCCAAGGACCAGGCCACACGCGGCACGACUCGUAUCGUGACCCUGUCCAGUGGUGCUCAUUACGUCUGCCCUUUCCGGUUCAGCGACUACAAUUUUGAUGGAGGUCGAUCGCUGCCAGCCGAUGAGGAACCUCGCAAAGGUCUCGAUGAGCAUUUCUACGAGGUCAAGGAUGGAUUCGCCGGAUGGAUGGCGUAUGCUUCGAGCAAGACGGCUAACAUCUUGUUUACUGUGUCGCUACGGGAACGUUUGUGCUCAGACGGAAUCCAAUGCCUGGCUGUUGACCCUGGGAUCAUCAUGACGAACCUGGCGGGCGACAUGACUGCAACCGCGGCUGCGGCCGUUACGAAGAUGCCAAAGGAGCUCUUCAAGUCUACUGACCAGGGAUGCGCGACCACGGUCGUGGCAGCUCUGGAUCCUGGCCUUGCUGAGUCGGACACCCUGUAUCUUGCAGACUGUCAGAAAGCUCGGCCAGCUCGGCAUGCGAGGGACAAGAUCAAAGCCGAACGCUUGUGGAAGUUGUCUGAGAGACUGGUUGGAGGCAAGGUCGACAGCAAGAUGUAG